AUGUCCAAACCAUGCGCUCGCCUCCAUAGCUUUUUCACUAAAACUGCAGCAAACACCAUUAAACCCAAAUUUCCUAAAGUACCAAAAACACGAGAAGUACCAAAAGUACCAAAACCAACAAAAAUAUCAGAAAUCCAAAUCCCAAUUUUCCCAAAACAACAGCCAUUGAUUGCCUUAGCUAAUAAUCAAGUAAUUAAUAAGGGUGUUAGAGAGCUUUUAGAUGAGAGAGACACACAAAAACUAGUUGAAAAAUUCAAUUUUUUGUCUCCAAAUAAGUAUUUCAGGCAAAAGUAUAAAAUUUAUGAUUAUAUAAUUCAUCGACUUGUUCUUGCUAAUCAGAUUUCUUUAGUUGAAGAUACGCUUGAAUCCCAGAAAGAAUACAUUAAUGGGGAAGGAUUUGCUGCUCGGAUUAUGUAUUUGUAUGGGAAAGCUGGGUUGUUUGAUCAUGCACGCAAGCUGUUCGACGAAUUGCCUCAACGAGGUUUAGAACAGAAUGCCAAAACUUUUAAUGCCCUUUUAGUGGCUGCUUAUCAUUGUGAGGAUUUUGAUAAGGUUUAUGAGCUGUUUCGUGAGCUGCCAUCGAAGUUGUCGAUCAAACCGUCGACUGGGUGUUAUAAUGUGGCUGCUCAGGCGCUGUGCAAGCUCGGGUUGAUCGAUGAGGCGGUGUCGUUGCUUGACAAGAUGGAGCACAAUGGGGUGAAACCGUGUGUGAUAACGUACAAUACGCUGCUUGGUGUGAUAUAUGAGAAGGGGGAGUUUGAUGAGGGUGAGAAAUUGUGGGAAAGGAUGAUAAAAAGUGGGGUGGUUCCUAGUGUAAUCAGCUAUGAUUUCAAGCUGCAUAGACUUGUCAAAGAUGGAAAGAUUUCUGAAGCAAGGGAGCUGUUCAUGGAGUUGGAAACUAGUGGAAUAAAACCCAAUGCGGGUUCUUACAAUGCUUUGAUUCUAGGAGCGUGUAAGAACGAUGAUCUGGAUGAGGUACGAAGAUGGUAUAACGAGCUCUUGAAUGAUGGUUGUGCUCCAAACAAGGCUACUUUGAACACCAUUAUUCCGUUUCUGUGUGAUAAGGUUGAUUAUGGCUUGGUAUUUCAGGUGUGCAAGAGGAUGUUUAGGCGUCAGUGCACAGUUGAUGAGUCUUUGUUGCAGAAGGUGGUUGAUGCAUUGGCAAAGAACUCGAUGAUGAAGGAAGCUGAGAUCCUUGUGGGACUAGGAAAGUCUAACAGUUAUCAUCCUUAUAAUCUUGUAUUGCCCCCUACUGGUAUUAUGGGCUAUUUCAGUUCAAGCUUGGUGACUAAAUUCAUAUGUUAA